GAGGGGUCUUGGCGCGCGGGAAGAGCCGCAAUUGCUCUGGCAUCACCGAGACGCGACCAGGACAUAGCACAUAUACCCCUCGAUCGCCCUUUCCUUGCGCACCAUGACCCGAUAGCUGAUUCUUCUUCUUCUCUUCUCUAAAUCACUCACGUUCCCUCACCAUGGCGUCGGCGGUGUUUUUUCUCGACCUGAAGGGCAAGACCCUUCUGGCGCGCAACUACCGCGGUGACAUCCCCAUGUCAGCCGUCGAGAAAUUCCCCAUCCUACUGAGCGAGGCCGAAGACGAGAGCUCGGCAGUCCCACCAUGCUUCUCCAGCGAAGGCAUCAACUACCUCUACAUCCGCCACAACAACCUCUACCUCCUCGCACUUACCAAGCGGAACACCAAUGCGGCCGAGAUUCUCCUGUUCCUCCAUAAGAUCGUCGAAGUCUUUACAGAAUACUUCAAAGAGCUCGAAGAGGAGAGCAUAAGGGACAACUUUGUGGUUAUCUACGAGCUGCUGGAUGAGAUGAUGGACUUUGGCUACCCACAAACCACCGAGACCAAGAUAUUGCAAGAGUACAUCACACAAGAGUCGCACAAACUCGAAAUCGCACGUCCACCCAUCGCAGUCACAAAUGCCGUCAGCUGGCGAAGUGAAGGAAUCCGAUACCGCAAGAACGAAGUCUUCCUCGAUGUCAUCGAAUCGCUCAACCUCCUCGUUUCCGCGACCGGCAGCGUGCUACGAUCGGAGAUUCUGGGUGCUGUCAAGAUGAAGUGCUACCUGUCGGGUAUGCCUGAGUUGCGACUCGGUCUUAACGAUAAGGCAAUGUUCGAGACCACUGGAAGGGCUACACGAGGAAAGGCCGUUGAGAUGGAGGAUGUCAAGUUCCACCAGUGCGUACGAUUAUCAAGAUUUGAGAACGACAGGACCAUCAGCUUCAUCCCACCAGAUGGCGAGUUCGAGCUGAUGAGCUACCGUCUGAACACACAAGUCAAGCCUCUCAUCUGGGUAGAGUGCAUAGUCGAGAGCCAUUCAGGCAGCAGGAUCGAGUACAUGCUGAAGGCACGAGCGCAGUUUAAGCGACGAAGCACCGCCAAUAACGUCCAGAUCUCGAUUCCGGUCCCCGAAGACGCAGACACACCUCGCUUCCGAACGAACAUCGGCACAGUACACUACGCGCCUGAGACAUCCUCCAUAGUGUGGAAGAUCAAGCAGUUCGGUGGCGGCAAGGAGUUCCUCAUGCGCGCCGAACUUGGUCUGCCAUCGGUGCGCGGUGAUGACGAGAAGGGUGGUGGCAUGAUGGGAGGCUUCGGUGGUAGCAUGGGUGGUGUUGGCGGCGGAAAGGCCAAGAGGCCCAUCAACGUCAAGUUCGAGAUUCCAUACUUCACCACAUCAGGUAUCCAAGUGCGGUAUCUGAAGAUCAUCGAGCCAAAGUUGCAAUACCCAUCGCUACCUUGGGUACGAUACAUUACACAGUCAGGCGACAUCGCUGUGCGGUUACCCGAUGUGAACUAGGUGGAGCUAAGAGUGCUGGCGAUGAAUAUACCAAUACAACUAUGAAACAUGCUGUUCAUGUAUACUGCAUCGUUGAAUGCGUCUCAUGAAGGAGACACGGUGGCAUCUGACUAUGAGUGAGGAUUCGCAAGAUCUGAAGAAGUACUAAUGCACUUGGCGCAUUCGUCAACGUGUUGUGCCUGGCAUGCACGCACACGACUCGCUAUUACCAUACUCCAAAUGCGACACAGAACGACAUGCCUCUAUGCAGUGUAGCCGUGCAUGCGCGGUCCGCCUUGUUAUGAUUGCGACCUCUGGAACUGCUUACCCUCCUAACUUUCACCUCUAUCAAUUGUGAGGCUUGUCUCGGUAUGAGAUGAAAGCGAC